AUGCGGUUCCUCAAUAGAAAACCUGAGCUGGUAAAACAAAACAUUGAUGCGGGGCUGAGAAUAAGGAGAGAAAGUCGGACAGUUCAGAUCUCAGCGGCACGUGGCAGCAGGAUAUUCCCUAAUCCUUGGGGAGCGGUUAACCAGCAGCAGCACGAGAACUGGAGCAUCUUGUACAAAUGGCUAGAAGCAGAUCUCCAUGGCAAGAGCUCAGAUGCUACAAACAAAGCCUCAGGAGAGAACUUUGACCAGAGUCCCUUAAGAAGAACUUUCAAGUCCAAAGUUUUGGCUCACUACCCGCAGAACAUAGAGUGGAACCCCUUCGAUCAGGAUGCCGUCAACAUGCUGUGCAUGCCCAAAGGGCUGUCUUUCAGAACGCAGGCAGAUAGCAGAGACCCGCAGCUCCACUCGUUCAUCAUCACCCGAGAAGAUGGCUCUCGUACAUACGGAUUUGUGCUCACUUUCUAUGAGGAGGUUACAAGCAAGCAAAUCUGUACGGCCAUGCAAACGCUCUAUCAGAUGCACAAUGCCGAGCAGUACAGCAGUGUCUGUGCCUCGUCCUCGUGCAGCAUGGACUCCCUGGCAAGCAGCAUUGAUGAGGGAGAUGCCACUUCCCUCGCCAAGCUCCAGCGGUACAACUCCUAUGAUAUUAGCAGAGACACGCUCUAUGUAUCCAAAUGCAUAUGCCUCAUCACUCCUCUGCCCUUUAUGCAAGCUUGCAAGAAGUUCCUGAUCCAGCUCUACAAGGCAGUUACCUCCCAGCAGCCGCCACCUCUGCCCCUGGAGAGCUACAUCCACAACAUCCUGUACGAGGUGCCCCUGCCGCCUCCGGGCAGGUCGCUGAAGUUUUACGGAGUUUAUGAGCCCAUCGUUUGCCAGAGGCCUGGCCCCAACGAGCUCCCGCUGUCUGACUACCCGCUGCGGGAGGUCUUCGAGUUACUGGGCCUGGAGAACCUCGUCCAGGUUUUCACAUGUGUUCUCCUGGAGAUGCAGAUCCUGCUGUACUCCCAAGAUUACCAGCGACUAAUGACGGUAGCAGAAGGGAUCACCACGCCUCACGUGUACGUCCCCCUCCUCCCCGCCUCUCUCCUGCACUUUCUGGAUGCUCCCGUGCCCUACCUGAUGGGCCUGCAGUCCAAGGAGGGAACCGACCGCUCCAAGCUGGAGCUUCCCCAGGAGGCAAACUUGUGCUUUGUGGAUAUUGAUAACCAUUUCAUAGAACUGCCGGAAGAAUUCCCCCAGUUCCCCAACAAACUGGAAUUCAUCCAGGAAAUCUCCGAGGUUCUCCUCCAGUUUGGGAUCCCCCCGGAAGGUAACCUGCACUGCAGUGAAAGUGCCACCAAGCUCAAGAAUCUGGUUCUCAAUGACUUGGUGAAUGACAAAAAAAACGGGAACAUCCCCAGCAAUGCCAUCAGCAUGUACGAGUUGCUAAAAGGCAAUGAAACAAUCGCUCGCCUGCAAGCUCUAGCCAAGAGAACAGGGGUGACGGUGGAAAAAAUGACCAUCACAGCUCCCCUUGUGGAAAAAGAAAGGGAUGUGAAGCUGCAGUGUGAGGAGGUGGAGCUGAGGGACUACAGACUGAACGUACAGCUUCGUGAGGUUUUCGCCAACCGCUUCACACAAAUGUUUGCAGACUACGAGGCUUUUGUCAUUCAAGCUGCACCCGAUAUGGAAUCGUGGCUGACAAACAGGGAACAAAUGCAAAACUUUGACAAAGCUUCCUUCCUUUCGGACCAACCUGAGCCUUACCUCCCAUUCCUCUCACACUUCAUUGAAACACAGAUGUUUGCAACCUUCAUAGAUAAUAAGAUAAUCUCUCAGUGGGAAGAGAAGGACCCUUUUCUGCGAGUUUUUGACUCCCGAAUUGAGAAAAUAAGGCUAUAUAAUGUAAGGGCUCCUGCACUGCGAACAUCCAACUAUCAGAAAUGCAGCACUUUAAAAGAAGCAGCCCAAUCCAUUGAGCAGCGGCUGAUGAAGAUUGAUCACACGGCCAUCCACCCGCAUUUACUUGAUAUGAAGAUUGGUCAAGGGAAAUAUGAACAAGGGUUUUUCCCAAAGUUGCAAUCAGAUGUCUUGGCAACGGGACCUACCAAUAACAACCGCUGGGCCAGCCGCAGCACGACGGCGCAGCGGAGGAAAGACCGCCUGCGGCAGCACUCGGAGCACAUCGGGCUGGACAACGACCUGAGGGAGAAAUACAUGCAGGAGGCAAGGAGUUUAGGAAAAAAUUUAAGGCAGCCCAAACUCUCAGACCUCUCUCCAGCUGUGAUUGCGCAGACCAACUGCAAAUUUGUGGAAGGGUUACUGAAGGAAUGUCGCAUGAAGACUAAACGCAUGUUGGUAGAGAAGAUGGGCCAUGAAGCAGUGGAGCUCGGACAUGGAGAGGCCAACAUAACAGGUCUGGAGGAAAAUACGUUAAUUGCUAGUCUCUGUGAUCUGCUAGAAAGAAUCUGGAGCCACGGUCUGCAGGUCAAGCAGGGGAAAUCGGCUUUGUGGUCCCAUUUACUUCAGUUCCAGGAGAGAGAAGAGAAGCAAGAGCAUAGUGCAGAGUCCCCAGUGGCUGUUGGAACUGAAAGAAGAAAGUCUGAUACAGGAAUUACUCUGCCUACUUUGAGGGUUUCCCUGAUACAAGAUAUGAGGCACGUUCAGAACAUGAGUGAGAUAAAGACAGAUGUGGGGCGAGCCCGAGCCUGGAUACGGCUUUCCCUGGAGAAGAAGCUUUUGUCUCAGCACCUGAAGCAGCUGCUUUCCAACCAGGCACUUACCAAGAAACUUUACAAGCGUUAUGCUUUUCUGCGCUGUGAAGAGGAACGGGAACAGUUUCUGUAUCACCUACUCUCACUCAACGCGGUGGAUUACUUCUGCUUCACAAGCGUCUUCACCACAAUCAUGAUCCCAUAUCGGUCAGUGAUAAUCCCCAUCAAAAAAUUAAGCAAUGCAAUAACCACAUCAAACCCAUGGAUUUGUGUUUCGGGAGAACUAGGAGAUACGGGCGUAAUGCAGAUUCCGAAAAACCACCUAGAAAUGACGUUUGAGUGCCAGAAUUUAGGAAAAAUGACGACUGUUCAGAUUGGUCAUGACAACUCAGGGCUAUUAGCCAAGUGGCUGGUUGAUUGUGUCAUGGUCAGAAAUGAAAUAACAGGACACACGUACAAGUUUCCGUGUGGACGAUGGCUGGGGAAGGGAGUCGACGACGGCAGUUUGGAGCGAAUACUUAUUGGGGAGCUGGUGUCCUCAACGUCUGAUGAGGAGCUGGGAAAGCAGUGCCGUACCCCACCCCAGCAGAAGUCUCCUACCACAGCUCGCAGGCUGAGCAUCACUUCCCUCACUGGGAAGAAUACGAAGCCUAACGCAGGACAGAUCCAAGAAGGAAUUGGAGAAGCUGUGAACAAUAUUGUGAAACAUUUUCACAAACCAGAGAAAGAGAGAGGGAGCCUUACUAUCCUGUUGUGUGGAGAAAGUGGUCUGGUUGCAGCCCUGGAGCAGGUCUUCCACCAUGGAUUCAAAUCAUCUCGCAUUUUUCAUAAGAAUGUCUUCAUCUGGGAUUUCAUAGAAAAAGCUGUUGCUUAUUUUGAAACCAGUGACCAGAUUGGAGACAACGAGGAGGGCCUUCUGCUUCAGAGGUCUUCAUGCAAAUCCUUCUGUCAUUACGUGACUGCCAUCAAUACAGCUCCAAGGAACAUUGGGAAGGACGGCAAAUUCCAAAUUCUGGUUUGCCUGGGGACGAGGGACCACUUGUUGCCCCAGUGGAUCCCACUCCUGGCAGAGUGCCCACCCAUCACGCGGAUGUACGAGGAGAACGCCCUCCUGCGGGACCGCAUGACUGUCAACUCCCUUAUCCGGGUCCUACAGACAUUGCAAGAUUUCAACAUUGUCCUAGAAGGAUCGCUCAUUAAAGGAGUGGAUGUUUAGCGUGGCUUUGCCGAGAACUUCAUUAUUCCUUUCCUGAGCAAGCAAACUGCAACCGGAGACCUGUCAGGACUUAAACGCAACGGUAGCGCACCACUGUAAGGCAAAGCCGCCUUCUGGAGCGUGAGCGGGAAGACCCAUUGAUGCUAGAGAUCAGGACUGUCCUCUGAAGCUGCGAAAAGCUAAAAUGCAGUAUUGUAGUUUAUUUGAAACAGAAAUUUAGUAUAAAAUAGAGUAUUUUCAUGUGUUAGAUGUGUGUAAAUAUGCUAUCUUCUUUAAGAAAUUAUAUUACUCUAAGAAAAUUUUCUUAGACUGAAUGUUCUUGUUCUGGAUAUGAGUAGCUUAAGCCCAGGGGAAGGACUGGGGGGAGGGAAGGACUGAGGCAGAAAAGGAUGCCGCUACUUGCUUGCAAGGAAGAAGCCAAUCAAUGUGUAAAUACAGUGCAAACUCAGCAGGGCUUUUUCAGGUAUUGCAAAUGAAUACAGCAAAUAUCCGUAUGUUGCCAUUGUGAUUGUCUCACUCUUGGAAAUGUUGUAAGCGUAUGCCGUUUGCCCUACUGUACCUGAUCUCCCUUUGGGUUUUUUGUUUGUUCAAAGACCCAACCUUUUCCAUGCACAGAAGUCGUGAGUCGUCAUUUUUUUCUGUAAGGUCUUUUGUGUCACUUCUAUUGCUCUCCAGAGGGGAGACAAGCGCUGAAAUGCUGAAACACUGGAGAUGGGAACUGCUGAGCCUCAGAGCCCAGGAGGCGCCGAGACCUGUUUAAGCUGCGCAGCUGCAGCCUGAGGUGGGGGAGCAGUGGUUCGCUGGGCUCCUUGGUUUGUCCCUCGCCUGCCUACAUGUUCUGAUGAUCCCCCUUCAUAUUCCCCCCCAGCCCACUUGUGUUGUGGAUGGCUUUUUUUUCUUUCCCAUAUUGAGGAAUUUGGUUCAUGAGAUGUACCAAAUUCUUGCUGUACUUGAGAAUAAUCAUUGUUGUAGAGCCACAAACACCGAUGUUGCUGUGCUACUGAACAAUCUCAGCUUGUUUUGAAAUGCUGACAGGUUACUAGUCUUCCUCUAUCCUGCAGAAUGUGUGUUCCUAGAAGGUAUGGAAUCUUUGAUUACUGCUUUUUCUUUUCCUUUUUUGUCAUCCAGCUACAAAACAAGAAUGAAGUAAAAGGAGGGGGAAAAAAUCCCACUUUGGUCGUUUGAGGCUCUUCUCCCACAGUCUUUCCAGUUAAUGUGUUAGUAAUACAGUACAUUUAUAUAGAUCCAAGUCUUGAAGAGAAACUGGGAAUUGGUGAAAUCCUGUACACUAAAAAUGAACAGCAGAUUCCAUUAAAAUCAACUUGUGGAUACCAUGCAGCAAAAACGGGGUAUAUUUUCCUUUCUUGUAGAUGGAAGCCGAAGGGGUCUGAGGGAAUAGUUAGCUUCAUUUGAUUUUAGUUUUCAGAAGUUGGUUUAAAUAGGUGUGGUUUUGCUUUCACUUGUUUAUCCCCUUUGAUCUUGGCCAACUCUUCAGUAGAUGUGGACAUCUCACCGCUAUAACGGUCAGCUGUGGCUUGCAAAGGCCCUUAUCUGGUAUUGUAAGUGUAUUGCCUUGCACUUUGUUCUCAAAUGGCAAUAGAAAAGAUUUGGGAGCGCUGGGCAAUAGUACAUCUCUAUAUGGUAUGCACAUAAUAGAGAGAGGAAUGAGAGCUAAGGCAAAGGAAAGAGGAUUAAAAUUAGGGUUAGCGUUUUCGUUUGCCUGCUGUCCAGCUUCUUCACUUUCCUGCGGUCCUUCUGCUGUACAGGUCUUGUAAGAGCGCUCAUUUUGGUGUCAAGGUUUUGGAUCACGUUCCUGGCCAGAAGAAAAUUCUUGUUACGGCUCGAUGUUAUUAGAAGGGAAAGCGCUUGCAUGUCCUUAAACUCAUCCCAAACACCACAGGCAGCGCUGCAGGGUCUCUGCUGCGGGCGUGAGUUGUGAGUAACGAACGUAAGGGCUGUGAAUGGUGUCAUGAGUUUGUAGCCAGAGCUCAUAGCUGCGUGACGUCUCCCUCACGUGUCCAGAAAGGUGGAGCUUGAGGCGUUAGGUUUUUUGAGUGGCUGGGCAAGUCUGCUUAAAAGUCAGCAGAAGAUGCAUGACAAACCUCCAGCAGCAAUUUAAAAUGCAUUGCUAGUGCUUUUCUUUAUCAAUAAAUUAUACAUUUAGUACCAGAAACCCUAUGGCAGCGUUAUUUGGUAAUGACUGCUUAGGAUGUUUUGUUUUCUUUUACUUACAGUUCGGGCAUUCUGUGUCUAAUAACUGCUAUACAUGAUUUCCUCAUGCCCAGCCCAGUCUAAGUGACUUUCAUUUUACUGAGAUAAUAACCUCUUCAGUCACUGCAUUUCUUUGCAGCAGCAUCUGCAUCUGCUAGCUGAAUGCCUUUUCCUUCUUCUCAGAAUAAAUUUAAGCAUCCAUAACGUUCACCCAACAUGACACAGUUUAAGUGCAAGCAGGAUGAAGUAAAAACUUUGAGCAUCUCUAAAGGUCAAGCACAGAUGAAUAAAUGAUACACACAGAAGGCAAUAAUGUCUUAAAGUCUUUCAAAAGAGUAAGUCAAAAAAGUUAAAAUAGUAGGUCCAAACCUGAGAAAUUUGAAAAUUCAAAAUAGGGACUCCCUCCAUUUCAAACUAGGUUAAGGAACCUUUAGCACUUAACUUUAAGACAACUUCACAUCAGCUUCUUUAGCAAGUAUUGGCUUGUUUGUUUUUGUCAGGUUUCACAUCAUAUUAAUGAUUCAAUAAAAAUGAUGUAUUUGUAAUAUUUCCUUGUAGUAGGCAAUAAAGCACCCUAAGGUGUGUUGAAAGGGGCACAUCUGAGUACCUCUGAUUUGUAGAAGACUAGUUAUUUGACAACCUUGGGAGUAUGGUUCUUUGUAGUGAAUUUUUAUCCUUUUUUUUUUUUGGUAGACUACUUUUGUUUAUUGGGAACUGUGAGGUUUUUUUCUGUGAGGUUUACAGAAAUCGUUCUGUCUGCUAGAAUGGUGAGAAACCCAUCGGGAUUCUUCUAAGCUGACACAAUUUUUACUUCAGUGUUAAAGCACCUUCAUUGGUUGAGAAAGGGAAUCUUGGAGAAGACCAAAGCUCUCUGCUUUUACAAAGUUUCCUACCCAGCAUCUGUUUGCAAAUGUCUGAGUUUGCAUAGUCCUGUUAUACUAACAUUAAAUAUAGAGUCAGAGAAAUCAAAAGAGAAUCAAGGAGUCAGAGACUCAAAUGCCUCACUGUGUACAAAUGUACUGUGCAAAAAAAGUAUUUACAAGUCUCUGAAACUAAUGAAAUCGUACUGUUUAGUGAAAACUCUAUUCACGUUUGUUUUGAGCUGGCAUGUGUAAUUAGAUACCAUUGUUCAAAACUCUCUUUUUAAAAUAGUGGUGUAAAGGCAUGUUUGAGGAAAUUCCUUCUUUCAAUCAAAUGAAGGUGUGCAUCUUAAGGGGAAAUACUGAUGUUACACUUGAAAUGUACAAAUGUGCCCUGUAUAGCUCAGAAUGACCCUAAAUGUCUCCAUUAAGUAUAUUUUGUCUUUGCGUUAUUACUAGCUGAAUAAGAACUGGAUUAUUUUCAAGAAGACAACAUUAGUAAAAGUAUUGUUAUAUCAAGCACUUUAACAUACAUAUCACAAAUUGACAUGGAUUUUUUCAGGUUUUGAAGUACAUUGAAAUACAGCUUUUCAUGCUAUGUCCUUUACAAAUAAAAACUGUGA